AUGUGCUUAAGCUCAGGCAUCAUUCUUAAGAGACUCCCAUUCACAUUACCAUUUAUCGCAAUCGGCCAAUUAUUCAAUUACCUUGUCUACACAAGAUUAGGAAAAGUUCGUGCAUACUACGGUUGGGAACUUGGUUUAUAUAGUGGAGAUGUAUUAAAAGGAUUCCCAUUCGAUUACAUCAGCGAUUCACAGUAUAAGGGACUUAUUUUAUGCGUCCUUGGUAUCUUCUUCUCAGUCAACUACGAUAAGACAUUAGCAAUAUUAACAGGAUACUGGGUUCUUCUUUAUGUCUAUAUGAUCUUCAUGGAGAAUACAAAGCCAGGCCGUGAAAUUCCUGAUGAGGCUAAGAAAAAUGAAUAA